AUGGCUCCUAAUGUAAUGUUUUUAAUGGAGACAAAGAAUGAUGAUGCCUUUAUCAAUAAGAAACUGAUCUCCUUACGUUAUUCACAGUAUUUUUCGGUUCCACCUGUUGGCCUCAGUGGUGGGCUCUCUCUCCUGUGGAACGAUGAUACAGAUAUAACAAUUCUUGAAUCCUCUCCCAAUGUAAUAGACACGAGAAUUGUAUAUCAAGGAACCACUUCCUUUGUUUCAUUCGUGUAUGGAGCUCCCGCAGCGGAAAACAGAGCGGCUUUUUGGGAUAAGCUAAGCGCAAUAGGACAAGGCAGAGAUGAUGAACCUUGGCUAAUCACCGGAGACUUCAACGAUAUUCUGAAUAAUGCAGAAAAGAUAGGCGGCCCAGCCAGAGCAGAGGGCUCUUUUACUACCUUUCGAUCUUUUGUGGCACAAAACGGCUUAUGGGACCUUAAACACUCAGGGGAGCAAUUGUCGUGGAGGGGAAAUCGAUACACUCACUUCAUACGAUCAAGACUAGAUCGUUCCAUGAGUAACUGCUCCUGGGCAGAAUCCUUUCCCUUAGGCAGAUGUCGCUACUUACGAUUUGAAGGAUCAGACCAUAGGCCUCUUCUGACCUAUUUUAACAACGAUAAACCAAAGAGAAAGGGAGUGUUCCGGUUCAAUAGAUCUCUAACGGAACAGGAAGAGGUCACGGGAGUAAUAGACUCAGCUUGGAAUGAAUCUCCACUGGAAUCAGUUAUUUUAAAAUUGAACAGAUGCCGGCGAGGCAUUAUUCAAUGGUCAAAGGAGAAGCAAGCUCAGAGUAACUUGGUCAUCAAGCAGAACCAAGAGGCCCUAGAGGGGGCGCUGUCUAGCGCUACACCUGAUGUUUUACUUAUUGAGUCCCUUAACUCCAAGCUCCGCGAAGCGUACACGGCUGAAGAACAGUACUGGCAACAAAGGAGUAGGAUUCAGUGGCUAAAGAAGGGAGAUAGAAACACGGGUUUCUUUCACGCGGCGACAAGAACCAGAAGGGUGAUCAAUUCAAUCCCAGUCAUUGAAGAUUCUCAAGGAGGGGCAGUAUAUGAAGAACAACAGAUUGUGGGAGUGAUUUCAAGUUACUUUACACAAAUCUUCACAUCAAAUGGCAAUGCUUCUUUCAGCCAGAUUCGAGGACUGCUAACUCGGAAGGUUACGCCGGAAAUGAAUGAGUACUUGACUGCUAUACCGAGUGAUUCGGAAAUUAGAGAUGCAAUGAGAUCGAUCAACGGGGGCAAGGCACCGGGACCGGAUGGUUUUUCAGCCACCUUUUACCAAUCAUAUUGGCAUAUAGUGGGCAAGGACGUCAUUACGGAUGUGCGGAACUUUUUCACUUCAAACCUGCUGCAGCCACAACAGAACGAGACGCAUAUCAGGUUGAUUCCGAAGAUUAUGGGACCAAAAACAGUGGCAGAUUAUAGGCCCAUUGCCUUGUGCAACACGCAUUACAAAAUCAUUGCCAAAAUACUCACUCGACGGCUUAAACCUCUACUGCCUCUACUCAUAUCCAACACUCAGUCCGCCUUUGUAGCAGGAAGAUCUAUAACCGAUAAUGUUCUCAUCACACAUGAAACACUCCACUAUCUACGGACCUCGGAGGCAAAAAAGCAUUGCUCCAUGGCCGUGAAAACGGACAUGAGUAAAGCUUACGAUAGAAUCGAGUGGAGUUUUGUGAGAGAGGUGCUACAGCAGCUCGGUUUUGAUCCGAAAUGGAUCUCCUGGAUCAUGACGUGCAUAGAGUCUGUCUCUUACUCCUUCUUGAUCAAUGGGAUACCGCAAGGUUCAGUGCUCCCAUCGCGUGGCUUGCGGCAAGGCGACCCGUUAUCACCGCACAUCUUCAUACUAUGUACGGAGGUACUAUCAGCUCUAUGUGCAAAGGGGCAGGAAGACGGAUCCUUGGCGGGGGUUAAGGUCUCCCGUAACAGCCCACCGAUCAAUCAUUUACUCUUCGCCGACGACACUAUGUUUUUUUGUAAAUCUAAGGCGACGUGUGUGCAAGCUCUGAAACAGAUUCUCGUGGUAUACGAGGAGGUCUCCGGACAAAAGAUUAAUCCCAUGAAGUCGGCCAUUACUUUUUCGGCAAAAACGCCAGCUACGGUUAGAGCAAGGGUGAAGGAUGCUCUGGGCAUCUCUCUUGAAGGAGGUAUCGGGAAAUAUUUGGGCCUUCCCGAACAGUUUGGUCGGAGGAAAAAAGACAUAUUUGCCUCAAUCUUGGAUAGGAUAAGACAGAAGGCGCAUAGUUGGACUUCGAGACAAUUAUCGGGAGCCGGAAAACAAAUCAUGCUCAAGUCCGUUCUCGCUGCGAUGCCCUGUUAUGCCAUGUCGUGUUUCAAGCUCCCUAUCUCCCUGUGCAAUCAAAUACAGUCCCUGCUCACUCGCUUUUGGUGGGAUGCAAUCCCGGAUAAGAAGAAGAUGUGUUGGGUAUCUUGGGAAACCAUGACGUUACCAAAGUACGCGGGUGGACUUGGGUUCCGAGAUAUUGAGAUUUUUAAUGAUGCGCUUCUUGCAAAGAUAGGAUGGAGAUUAAUCAAAGAGCCGACAUCUUUAUUAGCUCAAGUACUGUUGGGGAAAUAUGCAAAGAACCAAGACUUCCUACACUGUCAGGUACCCAAGUCGGCCUCUCAUGGGUGGAGAAGCAUAAUGGCUGGUAGAGACUUGCUGCGCCAAGGUCUGAGUUGGGUUGUUGGAGAUGGAGCGAAGAUACGGGUCUGGGAUGAUCCAUGGUUAGCUUUUGACACUCCGACAAAACCAUUUGGUCCGUCAACGGAGGAAGACAGGCUUCUCAGAGUUAGUGACCUUUUAUGCCCGCUUUCAAACAAGUGGGAUGUGGAGAAGAUACGUAGGUAUAUACCUCAGUAUGAGGAGACUAUUCUGAAGAUUAAAACCAGUUCAACACCUGCAGUGGAUACUUUAUUCUGGCUACCUGAGAAGACUGGUAACUACACUGUUAAAACAGGGUAUGGUAUUGGGAGGACAUCAUUGGUAACAGGAGAGACCAAUUCGGAUCCUGUCAACUGGCUCAAGCAUAUUUGGAAUCUAAAAACAGCACCAAAGCUGAAGGAUUUCUUAUGGAGACUGGUUCGAAAGGCUAUCCCUGUUAGCGCCAAUUUAGAAAGAAGAGGAGUGGCGAGCUUCAGGUGCAAGAAGUGUGAUGGGCAAGAGGAUGAUCUUCAUGUUUUUCUAACUUGUCCAAUAGCGAUCGAUGUAUGGAACCAGUCGCCGAUGCUGCAUCCGCCACCAACAUCUCUCACAACAGUUGCAGAGUUGAUCAAACAAGGAUCCCAGUAUACUCCAUUGCCACCUACGGGAGUGACUACCCCACUGUGGCCAUGGGUGUUGUGGAAUUUGUGGAAGGCUAGGAAUCAUCUCUUAUAUGAAAACAGAGUAUUUACUGCAGCAGAUAUUGUUCUCAAAAGCAUAAAGGACGCCAAGGAAUGGUCCGAUGCGCAACUGGAAAAUGAGGUGAUAAUACCUCGAGAUAUCCUACUCCACCGAAAUCAGAAUCGAUCUCCACGCCCCCCACCUGAGUUUCCUAAUGGCGUGUUGAUUGUUAAUGUUGAUGCGGCAUGGGACGCAAAGACGGGAGGUUGUGGAAUUGGAGCAGUGUACUCAGGGGAUGUCUCAGAUAAACCCCCUGUAAUGGCUGAAGCUCACAGUCACGUUACGUCGGCACUCAUGGCAGAAGCCAUUGCUGUUCAUCGCGCGGUCGCAAGCGCUGUCUAUUCAAACGUCCGAUCCCUGGCGGUUCUAUCUGAUUCUCUUUCCCUAAUCAACUUGUUGAAGACCGGAGGAUAUCAACCUGAACUGUUCGGUAUCAUAUGUACAUUGGUCUUGAAAUGGACUGCCUCUUUUGUACCUUGCUUGAUCUUCAAGUUACCUACCAGAGAGUCCAUUAUCAUCGCCGUGAUUAUGAACUAUAAGGGUUUUGUUGACCUAUGCUUCGUUGAAGGCGCCCUCGAUAGAUCGAAUCUGUCGCACGCAACGUACACGUUCUUGAUGAUGUACGUGCUAUUGAACGCGGGGAUUUUACCUACUGUUGUGAAAGCACUAUACGAUCCAAAGAGGAAGUAUAUUGGAUACGUAAAGAGAGACGUUAUGCAUAUAAAACCAAAUUCAGAUCUCAAGAUACUAACGUGUUUGCACAAACCAGACAACAUCUCAGGCAUGAUCUCGCUGCUUCAGCUGUUUUCUUCUCCGCACAACAACGAGAACAAAGACAAGGGAGUUAUCGCGGUCACGGUGUUACACCUCGUGGAACUAGCGGGACGUGCGUUUCCUAUCUUAGUACCACAUGACAAGCGUUCUAAGCCACGCCUGCUUCAAAACUCUUACAUCCAGACAAUGAUGCUCGCGUUCAACGAGUUCCAGCAAGAGAAUCUAGGAACAACGACAGUUAACUCCUUCACAGCUUUCUCUCUCGAGAAUCUAAUGGAUCAGGACAUUUGUAAUCUCGCUUUAGACAACCUCACGUCGAUGAUCAUUACACCUUCUGGACGAAAAUGGUCACCUGAUGGAUCAUAUGAAUCGGAUGAUGUUAUGAUCCGACGUGUGAAUAUGUCUCUCCUCGACCUUGCUCCUUGUUCAGUUGGUGUACUCAAUAACCGAAGGUAUCGCAAAUCGAAGAGCAAUAAAAGGAGUAGUACGGUCAAAGUUGGUGUGAUCUUCAUUGGUGGUAAAGAUGACUGGGAAGCCGCCUCCAUUGCGAAAUGGAUGAGACAGAACCCGAGGGUGCGUCUCACGGUGAUCAGAUUCUUGUCUGGUCAAGAACCAGACAAGUCCAAGAACUGGGAACACCUUGUUGAUAACGAGGUCUUGAAUGAUUUGAAAGCAACAUACGACUCCGCUGAAAAUUUCUCCUAUGCGGAGAAGAUAAUCAAAGGUGGUCCCGCGGUGGCCACUGCCGUUAGAUUAGCCGCGGAAGGAGAUGAUUUGAUGAUUGUAGGAGAUCACGGCGAGGAUUCACUGGAUUACUCGGGUUUGGUGGAGUGGAUGGAGCUUCCGGAGUUAGGAGUCAUCGGAGAUUUGCUUGCAUCUAAGGAGCUAGAAACUAGGGUUUCUGUUUUAGUCGUUAAACAGCAGCAACAACAUGAAUGA